AUGAACCGGGUAUCGGUACCUGGUAGCCCACGAUCGCAUUAUUCACCUCGAUUAUUGAAUGGUCAUGCUGAACCGAUGCAAGAAAGGCAUCAGAGGUUUUCUGACCCUGAUCCUUUGGAUACGGUAUCGCGUACGGCUCGAGUACCACCCCCAAAGAUCUACCCUACAGGUGUUGUACGAAGGACGGAAAGCUUCAACUCAGCUCCUGGGGUCCUUGCGGUACGUUUCAAGUCUUUCUAUUACAAUGUUUUCAUCGUAUGCAUUUUCUUCUUGUUCGGUUAUUUCUAUCAUCCUUUUCUGCAUCACUUUUGA